AAUCAACAGUUGAGUAUCAUUUUGAAGUUGAUAUCUGAAGAUUGUAGUGCACGAACAAUGAAGUUUUUAAUUACAAUUUGCCUUGUGUUGUGCGUAGCAGCUAUUUGCUCCAGCACUCCACAUAGUCCUCAGAAGCCAGAGCAAAGUACUCCAGGCUCCCCAGAUGAGGGUGGUAAUGGUGGUGAAGGUGGUGAGGGCGGUACUGAAGGACAUGAACAUCAUCCCCACGGUGAUGCUCCUAACGAAAACGGCGAAGAUGGAGCUGAUGGAGCUGAUGGACAUCAUGACGGGCAUGGUGCCCCAGGAGCUCCAGGUGCUCCAGGUGCAGCCCAUUUGAUCGGCGCUGCACAUCAUACACUUUAAAUAAAAA